AUGCCUCCUGCCUCAGCCGUCUUCGUUCAAGACAAUCUGCUUCCUCUGGAGUUCGUCUCUCUCGGCCGCUUCGUGCUUAACACCCAAGAGCCCAACCACAGUUACCGAGACCCAGCAGAAAAGGCCCAGGAGGCAGAAAAACCACAGUCAAACGUCCGUGACAUCCUCCGGAGAUCUAAAGGCACCUCCCUCUACGCCAAACUCAGCGGUCUCUUUGAGGCAAAGACCGACCAGGAGGCCGCGAGCGACGUCUUCUGGUCAACACGCCACACCAAGACGGUUCAGCAGCUAGAUUCGGACGGCUACUUUGCCAAGGCGUGUGCAGAACCAGAAACUCGGAAGUGGCUGGAGAAAGCGCUCGAGAAUGGCAGAGACGUGUACAUGAUGGUAGGGUACGCAACCGCGUUCAAUGCCACGGUCUCAGAUCAGGUCACGGCGAAGAAGAAGACGGAGAUUGUCAGCCAGGCGCCCGUGAAGGAGAUGAUGACAGCAAUGACAGGCAACCCUGCCCCGACAGUCAUGGUCAAGAAUCCUGUCGUCGGGGGGGAGACGCGCGACAAUAUGGAGCAUAAGAGAGCCUUCAAGGCAGAUGGAGAGCAGGUGUUCGCGAUUCAGUACAGGAAGUUGAUGUUCCGCUUCUUCAGCAGCAAGAAUCUGGACAAAGGGUUCCUUGAAGAAGAAUCGCGGUGGAAGCUAUACUGGGCACUGAUGGGUGGGGAGGAGGAAGAGGAUGAUGAUGUUGUGGAGGCGACGCUGGAUGGUGACUUUGGGCAUGCGGUGGAAGGUUUCGAGGGUUGGCAGGAUCAAGCGGACGGUGUUUCAUAUUUCGUUCGUGGGAACUAA